UAUUAUAUAUUAAUAAUUAUCAGUAUCUUAUCGCAGACAUAUUUAUAGUAAAUCCAUUGUACUUAGAACUUGUGAUAUUUAUAACAUUUUCAAUAUUUUUUUUUUUGUUGUCAUUCGAUUGAAAAUAGGUUUCUGCCUUCUGGUAUAGUAUAUUAUUUAUAUUUUAUUAUUACAUUUCAUUAGUCUGUGUCUUGUUAUCGUCGCGUUCGCACGUUAUUGUGUUAUACACAAACACAAUUUUGAAUAUAAUUCAAUAUAAUUUUAUUAUUUUGUAAGUAAUUUAAAAAUUCAAAUAAACAAAUAUGACUGUUCGUCCAACACAUAGUGGAUGGGAUGUUAAUUAUAUAUGGCACAAAGAAGAAGCAAAAGGUAAACAAUUAGCAAAAUAUUUACUUUGUUCAAAAAUAUUGUCCAAUACGAGUAAAUCACGUUUAUUGAUGCACCGUAAUACUUGCAAUACUUCAAAAUUAUUCAAAAUAGUUACAACAGGAAUUAAAAAAUCUACUCAUUCUACUGCUACUAAAAUUAUCCGUAAUGAAGAACCGCCAGUAUUAAAAAUAAUGGGUAGAGCAUCUUUUCCUAUCUUACCAGUAGCGUCAAGUUCAACAUCUGAAACUCAAACUCAAGGUAAACGUAAACAUAUAAAUAUAUUUGAAUCGGAUUCAGAACCAGAUGAUCCAUUUAAUAAUGCAAAUUCAUCUACUACUAUGCCUAAUUUAAGUUUAAAUACAUCCACUGUAUGCUUAUCGAUUCCAUUAGAAGCUGACAAUGAUGUUCAACUCGCAAGUUUUUCACGUGAAAAACAAUUAGAAAUGUCUAAUUCUAAUGAUACUAUCAUACUUACUCCUGAAAGUUUUACCUCAAAAAAUUCUGAUACAUUCGUUACACUAAAAAAUAAAAAUAAACAGCAGGAUACUAUUCAACGUUACCAUGAUAAAAUAACAAAUGCUGAAAUUGAUUUAGUUAAUUUUAAAUUGGGAAAAUUGUUUUUUGGAUGCAAUAUUCCAUUUUCUGUAGUCGAAUCGGUACAUUUUAAAGAUUUUUGCCAAUCAUUAAGACUCGCAUAUAAUCCACCAUCACGAACUACCCUAUCAACUCGCGUUUAAAUAAAGUACACGAUAGUUUUUGUGCAGCUAUAAAGUUUCAUUCAAAUUCAGCUCUUCUAAUAAAUAGUUGGAAAAAUGAGGCAGCUAAUAUAAAAAAAUGUUGCUUGUUUACUGCAUAGUUCUAAUGGCGAAGCACUUUUCUUAGAGUCUUUUGAUUUAACCGGUAUUAAAGAAACUGCAAUAGGAAUUUCUAAUAUAGUGUACAAAAGUAUAUCUUUAGCUUUAGAAAAACACAGCACUUAUAUUUACACAGUAAUUAGUGAUAAUGCGGCAAAUAUGAUAAAAAUUAGUAAACUUUAUGAGUAUAAAAUUUAAUAGGAAAAGACUUAUUUUUUAUGUAUACAAAUAGUCCAUACUAUUAACUUGGCAACUGAAAAUUUUACUUAAGAAUAUGAAUAUAAAAAUAUAUUAUAUUGAUAUAUUCUGUCUGUAGCAAUAUUUUUUAUUAUUUUCUUUUUAUACGUUUUAUACGUGGGGUAUUAUACGUGUAACGUAUUAAACGUUUUAUACGCGUAUAUUAUCAACCCUGAUAAAUACUGACCAUUAUUAUUAUUUCAAAAUAAUAUUUAUCUCUAUCGUUUUUAUAAGUUUAUAACAAAUUUUUAACCUUGAUUCAUGAAAAAUAUUCACCAAAGCGCUUGAUUUUCGAUAAACCAUCAAAAUAUGCACUAAAAGCUUAAAAUAUGCUCUUAUAAUAAAAAAUAUGUCCCUUAAACCAAAUAAUGUCCAAAUAUGCAAAAAUAUGCACAAAAAACUUUGAGUAUUUCAUCAUAAACGUUAUGAAAUGUAUUUUGUUCUUACCAAGCAUACGAUAAAGUUAACCAAAAAAAAUAUGCAAAUGCAUUUCUAAACAAAACCAGUACAUCAACAACUACAGACUUAGAUGAAUCUAAUGCCAAAAUGGAUUUAAAUGAAGGAACUUUAUCCAAUAAAAUUUCAAAAUACAAUGAAGAAUUGACAAAAGAAGUUGAAACUAAGUCUAAUCUUGAAACUUCUCCGCCAAAAAAUACUUUUGAAAAUAAAGA